GAAAACUAUACGGAACCAAAGUUGUAAUUGUCUUUGUAUCAGCCGGAGUCUGACCGGCGUUGGACUCGUUUCCUGUGUGUGAUGUCACAUAUCUGUGCAUGCCUACAAGAGUGGCCUCUUUAACACAAAUUUCUGAUUCAGCAAAACCUUCACAAUGGGGAUAUUGGAGAAAAUUGCGGAAAUAGAGAAAGAAAUUUCUCGAACACAAAAGAACAAAGCCACCGAGUACCAUCUAGGUUUACUCAAGGCCAAACUUGCCAAGUACAGGUCUCAGCUUCUUGAGCCCUCCAAGUCAGCUGGAGCUAAAGGCGAAGGUUUUGAUGUUAUGAAAUCUGGAGAUGCUCGUGUUGCUCUCAUCGGUUUUCCUUCUGUGGGUAAGUCCACUUUUCUCAGUUUAAUGACUUCUACUGCCAGUGAAGCUGCCUCCUACGAGUUCACAACCCUCACAUGUAUACCUGGUGUUAUAGAGUAUAAAGGGGCCAAUAUUCAGUUACUUGACUUGCCAGGAAUUAUUGAAGGAGCUGCUCAAGGCAAGGGCAGAGGUAGACAGGUUAUUGCUGUUGCCAGAACUGCAGAUGUUGUCAUCAUGAUGUUGGAUGCUACAAAAGGAGAUGUCCAGAGAGAACUUUUAGAGAAAGAAUUGGAGUCUGUGGGCAUCAGGCUUAAUCGGACAAAACCUAACAUAUAUUUCAAGCAAAAGAAAGGUGGUGGCCUCUCAUACAACUCAACAGUUCCUCUGACCCACUGCUCAGAGAAGCUGGUUCAACUCAUCCUUCACGAAUACAAAAUAUUUAAUGCAGAAGUCCUUUUCAGGGAGGACAGUACGCCGGAUGAAUUCAUUGAUGUCAUUGUGGGGAAUAGGGUCUACAUGCCAUGCCUUUAUGUUUACAAUAAAGUGGAUCAGAUUUCCAUUGAGGAGGUGGACCGUCUUGCUCAUGGACCCAACAGUGUAGUCAUCAGUUGUGGGAUGAAAUUGAACUUGGAUUACCUUCUGGAGAUGUUGUGGGAAUACCUGGCCCUCAUUUGUAUUUACACAAAGAAGAGAGGAGAGAGGCCAGACUUUAAUGAUGCCAUCAUUAUGAGAAGAGGAGCAUCUGUUGAGCAUGUGUGCCAUAGAAUCCAUAGAACCUUAGCCAGCCAGUUCAAAUAUGCCUUGGUUUGGGGCACCAGUACCAAGUACAGUCCUCAGAGAGUGGGUUUAACACACAUCAUGGAGCAUGAAGACGUCAUCCAGAUUGUGAAAAAAUAAAUGGAGGCCUUAUUAAGCACAAGGAACUCAGGAGGCAAGAUUUAUGUUAGGAUGUACAACCGAGAGAAAUUAAAUGAGGGCAUUUGAAGAUGACAUGAAUUUUAUGAAAAAUACAAUAUUCUAGAUAAAAUAAUCUAUAAACCAACUGUCAAGAGUGUACUGUUCUGUUUUAUAUAACACACUUUUGGAGAAAUUAGAAGUGAAAUGUUCAAGUUAAUCCUGGGUUCCUUAAAACUGAAAUCAACACAUGUCAUGUACAUUGAAUUUUGGUAUACUCUGUUGUUAUAAUGUUGGCAUAUAUAGACCGUGACUCAAAAAGAAUGAUAAAUAAUAAAAAAAUGUAAAGUUUU